AAACUAGAUUAAGGCCGAUGAUUUUGAUUAGCUUGUUCGUAUAUUUGGGAGAAGAUAUACACAUACUACGUAGUCGAUUUAAUCGAAGGAAGCGUAGCGUGAGCGUAAUUGAGCUCGAGGGAAAUGCGUUUCCUGAGCAGCACACAAUCUCGAUGUAACUGGUAGCAAAAAAACGUUGCGUAAGUACAUCUCGGCAACUUGUUCCCUCCAGUCGUACUUGAUUCACUUUCCAUAUUUGCUCGCUGACAAGGUUGACCUUCGACUGGAUCUUGAAUGGCUUCGAAAUUCACGAUAUGUAAUAUACUCAAUGUUAUCCAAUGUAUAACUCAAGAAAAUGUAUGAUCUAUUGGAAAAGCAUUUCGAAUAGAAUAUUUAUGUAAGCUCAUACUUCUCUAACAACGAAAGACUGAUUAAUUGUAUGGGAAGUAGGCUAUGAAAUAAUACAGAAUUCCUUUCUCUUUUGAACUGUAACAUUAUUCUGAUUUUUAUUCAUGAUGUAGUCUACCGUUUACGAAAGAUGCUUGUGGACUGAGACCGAUACAAAUUUGUUGCAUUUUUAUCGGAUCUCAUAAGCGAGCCUGAUAAAAGAGACUGAUAAUAAUUAAUUAUUUCUUCCUGCAUCUAGUUUAUUCAAUAAAAUCAUCAAGAUCUUUUUGUAGAUUCCCUAAACGAAAUGGAACGAGCCUCUCGUUCCUGGUAAUUUACGCUAAAACAUCAGAUUUAAUUGCGAUUGAAUUAAUAAACGGCCGGCCACCGGCUGAGCCCGCGCACCGUGUAGAAAAUGCGAAUCAGCGGGAUAUUUCGUUGGUCUAGAAAUCAAGUAGCGCAAAGCUCGCGGAAGUCUCCUGCUCUCGCGUAACGUUCCCUCUGUCGUCCCCCCGGUCUCUCAUUAUCAUGUUCGCGUUCCUCGAUAUCGAUAAUACCCACACGUUCUCGCGUUUAUUGUGCCCGGCUAUCUCGCGUGAUUCAUUCGGUGCCCAGCUCAAUCGGUGAUCCGGCAGUUUCUCAUGGUGCCUCGGUUCAGGAACUUGUGCACGUCGCGUUUCAUUCAUCCGAUUAGGCUGCUUGACCCAGGUCACGCUUUUUGAUCUCGCGUACACACAGAUGACGCGAUGACGCUGCAUUGGUGGAUGCACUGGUUCUGGGUUACCGCUCAAUUUCUCGUGAUUCUAGGGAACCCGGUGCCGUCGAGUACGGCGGAACCGCGUGGUCAGGUGCAGGAUCACCUGAGCUCAGAAACCACGCCAGAAAUCGGCCGUAUCGACACGGACGACCCCGAAACGCGACAGAGCUUCCGCGUGGCCAAAGCUAUCGGUCUUCACCCUCCCACAAACACGGCCGUAAUCAUGGACAGACAACCGAGCACGAUUUCUAUACCGAUGUCGGGUGACGUCGAGACCAGUACGAAUCCCGUAGUGGAGUACCACGGGAACGCGAGUAACGCAGUGAAUCCGGACUCCGGAGCUAAGAACGUCACACCGCAACGGAUCGCGGAUACCGUGGACAGAAAUCGGAGUCCGACAAUGAAGAAGGACAGCAAGAUCACUUGGAUCUUGACGGCGAACAAGACAGGAAGCAGGUCCAAGUACGAGCAAGAAGAGAAACUCGAUGAAAACGGGAACCGAAACGGCAGCGCGAGCGAGGUGGAGGAUUUGACGGUGUUACCUCUUCAGGAAGAGGUAUCUCGAAUCAGGCUGGUACUGAACAAAACAAAAUCCUCGUCGCUUUUAUCCUCCGCCUCGUCCGCGAGCAGUUCCGGUAUCAGAACGUUCAAUCGGUCCGACGACGUCGAGAUCGAGGAGGAGUUUAUCGAGCCACAGAUAUUCGGCACAGCUGCAUCAAUUCUCGAAGAUGAUGAAGCAAUUUUGUCUUUUGCUAAUGUUGAAGUCGGGGUGAGCGAAUCGACACGGCUGAGCAGGGCGCGAAGCACGUUUCCUAAGGAUUUCCAAAGGGAUCAGGUGCAGGAAGGUCAUCUCUCCGAUUACAUUGAGAGCAGCAGCAGCAGUAGCGAGAACUCUAAGCAGGAGAGUGAUUCGAAAUCGGUUGUAGAUAUUGCUGCCAUUACCGGUAGCUGCUUGGCAACUGUAGUUUUACUCAGCACAAUGGGCAGCCUUGGAUUCAUUAUGUACAGGCGUAGGUAUUUGAAUCCACCGCAGACGCUAAAUAGCGAUAAAUGCAGCAAUCUCGAUAGUUCUGGCUACAUCGACGAUUCCACUAUUCGGGAUAAUUCCGAGGAGAUGUACAGCUUGGACAAUGAUUCGUUCCUAAAUUCGUUAGAGGCGAUGACAAUACAGAAUUACUGGACAGACAAUGUGAAGCAUACGAAGCUAUGACAAAAGAAGAUAAUCCAACCCGGAAAGAGAAUCGAAACGUUCAGUAUUUCCGAUGGUGAAGCGCACGAACAAAUAUCGUUGUUGGAACAAUAGUACUUACCAGGAACGCGACCCGGGCGUUUCCCUGAUCGUAUGGAAGAAAGUGAAAUCGCGGCGUAAAAUCGUCGCAGAGGCGUUAUUUUUUUCGUCGAUCGGACGUAGUAGCUAUAAGUGCGAUAACCGUGCAACAAACGCACGAACGAAAUAUUUUAAAUGUUCUCGCAGAAUUUUUAGGUGAACCCCCUCGGUCUUGCUAGUUUCUUAAAAGAGAACUAUGACGAUGCGUCAAAAUUGCAGGACGCGUGCUCGCAUUCUAAUGUACUCGCGUUACGCGUCGUAAAGCGCGUUUCCCACUGGCCGGCACGGACAGGCAGGGCCGAAACGUUAAGUUGCGAGGUAUAGGAAAAAGCGUGUAAAAGCUGAAACUUAACGUUUCGGCCCUGCCUGUCCGUGCCGGCGGCGCCGCCGGCCAGUGGGAAACGCGUUUAACGGUUUUAUGGAUUAAAAUCGUUUAUAUCUAUUACGCGGUGUAUAAUAUAUAUGACGCGUAACGCGGUGUAUCAAACGGUACAAUGCCUGAAUUUUGAUUUCGUCACUCGCAUCGUUCAUUCUAUUUUUCUACCGCGAAUUAUAAUUGGCAACGGUCGGAGUUUGGACGAACGAAAGGCGAUGCACGCGAAACGAUAAUCGCCUUCGUCUAAUUACGAUAAUCGGAUAGUGCAAUAAAACGUACUUUAUCGAUGCGAUAAUUAAAUGAUAUACAUUUUUAGAACAGUAAGUACAAAUAAAAAACCAUUAAUUUUUAGCUAAGUAUACAUGUAUAAUAUAUACAUUAGGUAUACUUGCGAAGCGUACGAGUGAAUUCCUACAAAUCGCCGGAGACUAUUACCUAUAUACCACGACGAAUACUUCCCUCUUAUUACUUAUAACCAAUAUUGAACUUCAAUUUCUACGACACAGUACUUACCUUGUGUAUCGAAAUGAUCGAAACAAGCGCUUCGGUAUUUCAACUUGCGAUAUUUCUCACGGUCUUCGAAUUUUUUAAUCGUCGAAUAAUUAAACAUGGUUCUAAUAGGAUAUUAUAUAGGAGUCGGAGCAGCUCGCUUGCACACAGAAUCAGCUUUUAAAUAUUUUCGAAACAGGUUCGGGCUAAUAACGAGAGAGAUUGGACCAAAUAAACGUCGUAGUUUCUAGCUUCAUGCCUUUACAACAUAUCCAGCAAAUGAGAAAAUAAGAUAAGAUGACUUCGUUUGUUUUCCACUACACUUCUAGCUUGUACAUAUGUACAUGUAAUACGAUGUACCAUACAAUAAUUACGAGUUAUGUCUAUGUAUAGAUGUGCGACGCGAUUUCCUAACGUUCUCCUCCUCACGAGAUGCGAUUUAGGUUUCUCGUGAGGGAUUAGCAUUUGUCUGUUCAAAUAUAUUUCUAUACGAAUUCUUCUGAUUUGAACGAGGAAAAGAAUUUAUUGUGAUAGAUCAUAUAGUGUUUAAUAAAUGUAAAAUAAUCAUUAAAUUUCAUCUUAUGGUAACGGAUGUGAAUAAAUCCAUACGUAUUAUUAUUAGUA